UCGAGGCCUAUGUGACCAUUCUCUAAAAUAUUUAAGCUCGAGAAUCACAGAGCGGAAGCUGCAGGGCACAUGGCUGCCUGCUGGCCGAGGGAAUCUGGAGAAGCCACCCACCUCCGUGGUACCUGUGUUCAGCCCGCAGAAUGGCCUUCACUCCGCCCAUGCUGAGAACAGCCCGCUGAAGCCCAGGGUGGUGACGGUGGUGAAGCCGGGCGGGCACCCGCUGCGGAAGAUCACCCUGCUCCUUAAUAGGCGGUCGGUGCAGACCUUCGAACAGCUCUUGGCGGAUGUCUCAGAGGCCUUGGGCUUUCCAAGGUGGAAAAAUGAUCGUGUGAGGAAACUGUUUAACCUCAAGGGCAGGGAAAUAAGGAGUGUCUCUGACUUCUUCAGGGAAGGGGACGCGUUCAUAGCCAUGGGCAAAGAACCAUUGACGUUGAAGAACAUUCAGGUGGCCAUAGAAGAACUGUACCCCAAUAAAACCCGGGCCCUGACAUUGACCCAGCACAGCUGGGUCCUUUCUCCAAGGCUGAGAAGCAGGCUUUAUAGCAAGCCUCUGAAAGGGGGUCACCUUGGUGGGGAGACCGAGACCGCCAAGAGCUGCAGUGAGGCUGUGGAGUCCAAGGCAGCCAUCAGACACCAGGGGAAGAUCCCCGUGGAGCCGGUGCUGGAGGACAGGGCAAGGGCCCAGAAGAAGUGGGAGAGGGGGAGAUGGGAACCUGAACCGGCUAACAAGCCCCCCAGGGAAGCCACUUUAGAGAGGCCUGCGAGUGGAGAGAAGCACCUGGGGGUAGAGAUCGAGAAGACCUCAGGUGAAAUUAUCAGGUGCGAGAAGUGCAAGAGGGAGAGAGAGCUGCAGCAGAGCCUGCAGAGGGAGAGGCUGUCCCUGGGGACCAGCGAGCUGGACAUGGGCAAGCGCCAACGGCAUGACGUGGACAAGCUGGUGAGGACCAGGAGCUGCAGGAGGUCCCCCGAGGCCAACCCUCAGGGUGGGGAGGAAGGGCGGGAGGGCGACAGGAGCAGCCCCAGGAACCCCACUCAGGAGCUGAGGAGACCUGGCAAGAACACGGACAAGAAAGAGAACAGAGACCCUGGAGGUCAGGAAGGUAAUCUGCAAGGAGCAGCCAAGACUAAGAAGGAUCUCAUGGAAGCUCAGCCUGUCAGAGAGGAGGGGCUGAGGGAUGGGAAGAAAGACACCAGGAACAAGCAUGGCGGCUGGUUCCUCAGGGAGCACCAGGCCCACUCCGAGAAGCUCCCCAGGACCCGAGGGGAAGAGCAGGAGGCAGAGAAGGAGAAAAAGCCAUGUGCGUCAGGAGGGGGAAAGAUACUUCCCAGAGAUGACCAACCCACAAGGGUAGAAAAGGAGCCCAAGACGAGGCCGGAAGAAAGCAAACCAGAGAGGCCUGGUGGCCGGAAGCGGCGGCCGGCAGGCAUCAUCUCGGCCAACGUGGAGAAGCACUAUGAGACCGGCCGGGUCAUUGGGGAUGGGAACUUCGCCAUCGUGAAGGAGUGCCAGCACCGAGAGACCAAGCAGGCCUACGCCAUGAAGAUCAUUGACAAGUCCAAACUCAAGGGGAAGGAGGACAUGGUUGACAGUGAGAUCUUCAUUAUCCAGAGCCUCUCACAUCCCAACAUAGUCAAAUUGCAUGAAGUGUAUGAGACAGAAAUGGAAAUCUACCUGAUCAUGGAGUACGUGCAGGGCGGGGACCUUUUUGAUGCCAUCAUAGAAAGUGUGAAGUUCCCAGAACAUGUCGCUGCCCUCAUGUUCAUGGACUUGUGUAAGGCACUUGUCCACAUGCACGACAAGAGCAUUGUCCACCGGGAUCUGAAGCCAGAGAACCUACUGUCUGAGGACCACACGUUGAGCGACACGGGUGUGGACCCCGUGUUUGUCGGAGCUGGCAGCCAUGUCGUUGGCGCUUGCUUACCGAGAGCUGAGGUCCUCUGUCACCGAGGGCCACGAUUUUCCACUCUUGUUCUCAUCGCCUUUGAUCCCACCUGGUCUCAGUUUUGCUUGUGUCUCUGCCCCUGUUGCACAGGUUACGGGCUGGAGGUGGACAUGUGGGCUGCGGGGGUGAUCCUCUAUAUUCUGCUGUGUGGCUUCCCCCCAUUCCGGAGCCCGGAGAGGGACCAGGAGGAGCUCUUUAACAUCAUUCAGCUGGGCCACUUCGAGUUCCUGGCCCCGUACUGGGACAAUAUCUCUGACGCUGCCAAAGAUCUGGUCAGCCGGUUGCUGGUGGUAGACCCCAAACAACGCUACACGGCCCACCAGGUCCUUCAGCACCCCUGGAUUGAAACUGCUGGAAAGACCAGCACCGUGAACCUGCAAAAAGAGGUGUCCCCCAGCAGCGAGGGGCACUCCCGGAGCCAGCACAAGCGGUCUGCAGAGCAGGCAUCAUAGUCACCGCCUCGGGCACCUGUCCAGCCCCGGGUGCUGCUCAAGGAAGGAGAAAAGGAUAGAAGCCUCUGAGAGAAGCAAGGAAAGGGGCUUCUUCGCGACAUUGGAGACUCAGGGGAAGGAGAGAUGCUCAGUAUAUUUUAAAGCAUAUUUAAAAAAAAAAAUCAACUGCAGUCUUAGCAUUCAGUGUUGUAACAUAUUUUUAGAUUUGUAUAUUUGAAGUCUUUAAUACACUUGGAGGGGGGAAGCCUUGUUAUCCAUGAGGGAUUUUUGGUAAUAAUGAUGUGUUUUGCUUCCCCUUUGUCAUCAAGUUCAUGGUAUACUACAUGAGUGGUACUUAUUAGGGUCUCAGCCCCCCUUGUGAGAUUAGUAAGGUGAAUCAUAGUCUUUCUGUGUUAAUAAAAUAU